CAACAACAUGCUACUCGCAAACCAGUCCACCAUUCCAAAGUCUCUUCUCCACCACCACCACCACCGUGUUUCUCUCUCCUCACCUCUCUCUCACUCUCCCUCUUUCCCAUCUGGGUUCCGCAGCAAGAAGCACCCAGUUGUCAGGUGUUCCAUAUCGAAAUUGGCCAAUAUGUUUGGGGACUUUGUGGUGUCGCUCCUCCCCCAACCCUCCAAGGAGGAGGUUAUCGAGGUUAUUGAGGGGUGGAAGAAAUACGGGAAUUACAAGCGCGCUCUUCAGAUAUGUGAGUUGAUGAACACAAAACCAGAUUUGUCUGGAAUGACAAUGACCGCUGCUGAUGCAGCAUUACAAUUAGAUCUAAUUGACACGGUGCAUGGAACUUUAGCUGCGGAAGAUUACUUCCUGAAGCUGCCAGAAACAUUAAAGGACCAGCAAACAUAUACUGUUCUUCUAAUGGCCUACGUCAAUUCUGAAAUGAGAGAGAAGGCAGAGUCUAAUACACACACAAAUGAUAAUUAGAGGUUACCCCAUGAUGCCAAUUCAGUUCAAGGUGGUGAUGAUUCUCUACAUGAACCUUAAAGAGUAUGAUAAGGUUGACUCGUUGGUUUCAGAGAUGAGGCAGAAAAAAAUACCUCUAGAUGUGGACUGCUAUAUUGUCUGGUUAUUAUGUUUUGUGGACCAAGGAUCUGUUGAAAAGGUGGAGCAAGUGUUUGAACAGAUGGAGCAGGACAGUACCGUUAAUCCCGACUGGUCUUCAUUUUGCUUAAUGGGUUCGUUUUAUAUUAGAGUCGGGCU